AUGUCUCCCCGGAAAAGUAAUGUGUCUGCCGUGUCCAACGAACCGAGUCCCGCAGCAACAAGAUCAGCGCCGCGGGACGACAGUCUGGGUGUCGAGGACCUCAACUUGCCCAAAUCCAUAGUGCAACGUCUGGCAAAGGGUGUGCUGCCGCCCAACACACAGAUACAGAAAGAUGCGCUACUGGCCAUGAGCAAGAGCGCAACCGUGUUUGUCAACUAUAUCACAUCAUGCGCCGCCGAAAAAGCCCUCAGCAGCGGCAAGAAAACCGUCAUGCCCAAGGACGUCUUCGAUGCCAUGACAGAACUCGAGUUUGGCUUUAUGCUGCCCCGUCUCGAAGCCGAAGUCACAAAGUUUACGAGCAUACAAGCCGAUAAGCGUAACACGUAUAGGAAAAAGGUCCGCGAGGAGAAGAAGGCAUCAUCUUCGGCCGGAGCUGCGCCAGAAUCAACACCCACCAAGCAAGAAGCGAACGGAGACGUGGUCAUGGAGGGGGCGGAGGACAGUGGUGAAAGGGCGGCGAAGAGGGCAAGGAGGGAGAGCGGGGACAACGGGGACGGAGACGUGACCGAAGACGAGGUGGACGAGACAGUCGAUGUUGAAGACGACGAGGUCGAGGACGACGAGAUUGAAGAGGAGGUGGAAGAGGAGCGGCUGGUGGAGGAUCCACUUGAAGAGAAGGAGAGCAAGGACGAUGAGGACGAGGACGAUGGCAACGACAGCGACUGA